AUGAGUCAUCGCACGAAUCAUUCCCAGGGAAGCUGUUUCUUUGCACCUCCUUUCAUCACAAAUGUUACUCCUCCUGUCUAUAUCACCAAUAUCGUAUCAGUCGUCUUGAAUCUCAUUUUCUCCGUCUUAGCCGUCACUGAGAAUGCAGUGGUGAUCUUUGUUAUAUCGAAAUCGCGUCACCUACGGAGCUCACCGUCCAACAUCUUGCUCUGCUCGCUGGCUAUUUCCGACCUUGUUAUUGGCUCUGUUUGCCAGACGUUCUACGUGGUUUACAAGGUAAGCGAGCUGUAUGAAUGGCCUGGUGUUUACUGCGUGGCACGCUUAGUCGCCGUCAGCUUUGGAUGGGUGUGUGCGGGUGUGUCCCUGAUGACGAUCAGUUCUAUCAUUGUGGAUCGCUACCUCGCGUUACUCCUCCACAUGCGCUACAACGCACUGAUCACCACCAGUAAAGUCUACAGGCUUGUUCUCGUCUACUGGAUCGCCUGUGCAGGGAUAGUCUCUCUCCGCUUCAUGCCGGAAGUUGAGAAAAGCUGGAUCCUACUUCCUCUCGUCCUCCUUGCUGGGUUCCUAUUGGUCACGCUCGUCGCUUACUUUCGCAUGUUUAGGAUGGUGCGGCGCAUUCAUUCCGAUGUACUGGACGCUCGGUCUUCGAGACGCGAUCUACCAAACUCAACAAGUCUCUCUCGCUACAAAUGUCUCGCAGCUACUAUGUUUUACGUGCUUCUGCUAUUUCUAGGCUGCUAUGUGCCCUUUCUAGUUAUCAUGGCAACCGAGGCAGUUCUGGGAUAUACUGUUGAAGUGAUGAUCGCAUAUGACUACGCUGUGACGAUCGUGUUCGUCAGCUCGUCUAUAAACCCUAUGGUUUACUGUUUCCGGAUCAGGGAGAUUCGCCAGGCUGUGAUCAAUACGUUGCCGAAGAGGUUUAGACCUGGAAGAGCAGUAGAUAAAGACAUGGCCUGGAUCACGACGUUUUCGAAACAGCCCAUUAAUAUCAGUGUAAUACGAAACUAG